GUGUAUGGUUUGUGCUUGUUUUCUUUCUCCAUCCCUUUCUCUCUCUCUCCAUCCCUGCCCUUCUCCCAUCCCUCCCCUCCCGCUUCGCCGCUUCUCCACACACACAGCCAUCCACGAAUUAACCUCGCCGGCUGAAGGACAACCGGGAUUGUGUAGUGCGCUGUGGUGUGUGUGUGUGUGUGUGUGUGUGUGUCUGGGGGGGGGCACCCACCAUCCCCCUUCCUCCGCAGCCUGGCGGAGGGAGGAAUAAAAGAAGUUCGAUUUCCAGGAAUCUCGCCCUGUCUUUCUCUCUACCAGCUCGUUAAUUUCUGGUGCCAACCCAGCUCCGGGGCGGUGCGUGAUUUUCGGAGCCCGAGUCCGCGCUAAUUUCUCUUGGCUGCCUUGCGCCACACUCCUGGAAAUAUCCCGGAGGCUGCGGGGUGGGAGUGGGGGGGCAGCAGGUUUGGACGGCAGGAGAUGGGGCUGCCCCCAAAUCCGGACCGCCGGUCGCUUUGGAAGGGAAUCGAUUUUGCCAAGGCCAAGCGGCAUUCUGUUCUCUCGUCCUCGCUGGAGUCCGGACCUUGACUGUACCUUGAGCAAGAAAUUUGCACCGGGACCAAAAAAGAAGUGACUACCACUGGUUGGGGCAGGGAGGCGGGGAGACGCUUGGAUUUAUUACACGCUCCGUGUCCCCCCCAUCCCCGGUCUUCCCGCACGCGCUCGGCCAAUCUGCUGGAAAGGGGAGAAAGAACCAGCGACCCGGGGGCUAAAUUCGCCCCUAGCAGAUUAACCUAGGUGGAGAGAGGGGGGGUGGGUAUAACCCCCCUCCCAUGGCUUGGCUCUUCCAGGGAUGAGCACGGCGUGAAACUCCGAGCGGGGCACCGGCCAGUGGGGGACCAUGGCGGCCCUGGCCAGCUCCUUGAUCCGGCAGAAACGGGAGAUCCGGGAACCCGUCGCCAGCCGGCCCGUGGCGCCCAGAGGAAGGUCUGUCCCUGGCACCAAGUCCCUCUGCCAGAAGCAGCUGCUGAUUUUAAUCUCCAUCCGGCUCUGCGGUGGGCGGAAAGGCCGGCUGGAAAAAACACCCGAACCGCAGCUGAAGGGCAUCGUGACCAAGCUCCUCUGCAGACAUGGUUUCUACCUCCGGAUGCACCCAGACGGCACCAUCGACGGGACAAAGGAAGACACCAACAGCUUCACUCUCUUUAACCUGAUCCCCGUGGGACUGCGCGUGGUCGCCAUCCAGGGUACCCAGUCGGGGCAGUAUAUCGCCAUGAACGCAGAGGGCUACCUCUAUACCUCCGCUCACUUCACCACCGAGUGCCGGUUUAAGGAGUGUGUCUUCGAGAACUACUACGUCAUGUAUUCCUCCACCCUGUACCGCCAGCGCGAAUCCGGCCGCUCCUGGUAUCUGGGCAUCAACAAAGAAGGCCAGCCCAUGAAGGGAAACCGAGUCAAGAAGACCAAAGCCGCCGCCCACUUUCUGCCCAAGCUAUUGGAAGUGGCCAUGUACCGUGAACCGUCGCUCCAUAACGUGGUGGACCCCUCGGCACCCCAGAAAUCAGACGAGGCCGGCGCCCCCAGCAAAGAGACAGCCAAGCCCUGCAAGGCGACGUAACCCCCAGGUCGGGGAGGGGUGUCGGCACCGCUCCAGCAACACCCCUCCCUUGCAUGUCUGCCCCCUUUUGCUCAGGACGCCUGCCCAACCUACAUUCAACCUCCGGACCUCAGAAGAAAAAAAAAAUGCCAUUGAGGGUGUAAUACCCUUUGCCGUCACCGGGGGACAACAUUGCCCCGCUGGAGAAAUAUUUGGGGGUGUGCGUGUGUGUGUGUGUGUGUGUGUGUGUGUGUGUGUGUGUGUGGUCUUCCAUGCCAGCUGAGAGCGUGAUUCCCUGUUUGGCCAACGGGUGGUGACAUUGGGAAAGGUUCUGAUCUGUGCCAGCUUCCCUUGCCGCAAUUCGGGCGCGAUGCCUUUUCCCACCAGCCGAGAGCGACGUUGGCCAAGCAUCUGAUUGCCGCAAUUCGGGCGCGAUGCCUUUUCCCACCAGCCGAGGGCGACGUCGGGAAACCGCCCCCUGGCUUGAGACCACCGAGUGGCGACACGGUCACGUUGGGAGAGACUAUUAUAUAGGCCAUUGUCCCUUGCAAUAAAAAGACAGCGUGUUCCUCUUUCCCACCAGCAGGUGGUGACGUUGUCACACCAGGGGGGAAAGACGGUUCCACCUGCCACCGUCUAGUUGAUACCCUUUCUCCCCACUAGGUGGCAACACUGUCACAGCCGGAGAGAGUGUUCUAGACAUCACCUGCUCCGGCGCACGCCAGGGCGUUGUACCUUCUUCGACCACCAGGGGGUGACAUUGUCACAAGGGGGGGGGAGGGGGAAGAGAGCCAUCCGUGCCGGAUUUCUUCGCCGUUUCGACGGAAAUGGGAAGCCAAGCCGGGGGAGGGGAAGUGAGAGGCAACAGGAAACUCCGCCCCUUUUCCCCACCCGCCCCUCCCCCUCCAACCUGCCAAAUUCUGUAGGAUGCGGCCCUGC